GCGAUGCCCCUGCCCGGCUGCUCCGGCGGGGGGCAGUGCGAGCGGCUGGGGAGAAGGCGGGGGGCGGUGGCUGCGGCGGUUGCAGCAGAGGGGCCGAGAGCUGGCGGCGGCGGUGGUCGUGAAGGGCAUCGGCGGCGAUGGUGAUGGCAGAGCUGAUGUGAGUGUCUCCUGGCCGGGAACCCCGGAGCUGCCGAGCCCGAGGCAGGCGGCGUGCGGGAGCGGGCGGCCGGGGCGCGGAGGGAUGCGGUGUGCGCGGGGCAGAGCCAGAGACGCCGCCCGCCGCCUCCCUUCAGGCUGAGGCAGGAGCCUGGCGCUGCGGCGCCGCCUUGCGAACCGGGCCCGUCGUGGGGGUCCCGGGCGGCGGCGGCGGCAGCGGCAGCGGCGGCGGGGACAGCACAGGCCGAGGGGCGUCUGUGAUUGUUCUCAACACCCCUCCCCCUACCCCGUGUGUCUGUUUGUCACUUGCAGCUGAAGAUGGAAAGAGCCAGGCGAAGGGGAGGCGGCGGAGGCCGUGGCCGCGGAGGCAAGAAUGUAGGGGGCUCUGGCCUAAGCAAAAGUAGACUCUAUCCCCAGGCCCAGCACUCCCAUUACCCCCACUACGCGGCUUCAGCCACCCCUAAUCAAUCUGGAGGCGCAGCCGAAAUCCAGGAGCUAGCCUCCAAGCGAGUGGACAUCCAGAAAAAGAGGUUUUACCUAGACGUGAAGCAAAGCUCCCGGGGCCGGUUUCUAAAGAUAGCCGAAGUCUGGAUUGGGAGAGGUCGGCAGGACAACAUCAGAAAGAGUAAACUGACUCUCUCCCUGUCGGUGGCAGCGGAGCUGAAGGACUGUCUAGGGGACUUCAUCGAGCACUACGCCCACUUGGGCCUGAAAGGCCACAGGCAGGAGCAUAGCCACAGCAAAGAGCAAGGCUCCAGGAGAAGACAGAAGCACGCAGCACCUUCCCCACCAGUCUCGGUGGGGUCCGAAGAACAUCCUCACAGUGUCCUCAAAACGGACUAUAUAGAAAGGGACAAUAGGAAAUACUAUCUAGACCUAAAGGAAAAUCAGCGAGGUCGCUUCCUAAGGAUUAGACAAACCAUGAUGCGAGGAACUGGCAUGAUAGGUUAUUUUGGCCACAAUUUGGGCCAGGAACAGACCAUUGUCCUUCCAGCACAAGGAAUGAUUGAGUUUCGUGAUGCCUUGGUUCAACUAAUUGAAGACUAUGGCGAAGGCGACAUAGAAGAACGAAGAGGUGGAGACGAUGACCCAGUUGAACUCCCAGAAGGGACUUCUUUCAGAGUGGACAAUAAAAGGUUCUACUUUGAUGUGGGCUCUAAUAAGUAUGGCAUUUUCCUGAAGCUCACAAUUUACCCUAAAUCCAGAGAGAAUAUCCACCUUUUUCACUGUUGUCAAAUCAAGCAUAAGGAACAGCCCUAUGACACUACAAACACAGUUGAGGAAUAAGGAAUAAGUCUCUUAUGUCACACUCCAGAAUAAAGGCAUUCGCUGAAAGAAAUGAACUGAAGUUCAUCAUGAAUGCAAGGCUUCUGUACUUGGCAUUCCUCCACGGAAGCGAAGAUAAGUAUCAACGCCAUUGGCAUCAUUUUCAAACUGACCUAAUGUGGAAUACAUUCCACCACACUGGAGUACCUCUUGACUCUUCCAGGUUUUUGUUCCCCUUUUUUAAUCAAACCUUUCCAUUUCAAACUGCCAUUUGUCAACACUGAGGUAGAGAAACAUAAAGAUUUGAAAAUACUUUCUUAAGAGAUCAUGUAACUAUCUAACUCUGAAUUUAAAAAUUGAAGGGAGGUUGAUAAUUGCAAUCCAUUGCCUCUUACAAGAAACAUUUUUUUUAAAUCUGUAACUGCUUUAGUGUUAACAGGGUACAAGUUGUUUUUUUGUCCUGUAUUGUAUUUAAAGGGUUCUCAUUGAUUGGUGAUUGUAUUGUACUGUAUGAAAGCAAAUCAUAAAUUGCCUUGUAUUGUUUAUAAUAGACCAUACCAUGUACUACUUCCGUUUUCAUGUUCCAAGUUUUUCAAUGAUGCAUGUUAUCAGUUAGGUCCUAAAAUUCUGUGGUGCUAAUUCUUCCAUACCCAAUGGUGCUUUUGUGGAUGCUAACUGCAUACAUGCUGAACAAAGCUUGAAGUUUAAAACUUUCCUCCCAUCCUCUGUUUAUAUGAAGUAAAAUAAAAUAACUUGAAUUUGUCUCAAAGUAUCACUGACAAUCUAAUAAACUGGUUUAUAUGUG